AAUACGCGGAAGUUGAUGACAUUGCCUUCUUUGUUUUUUUUUUUCUCCGGCUGCGGAAAUUGUGCAGCACGUGCACGCAAAACAGAGGUUACGAUGAGCGAGCAGAAUCAUCGGAACCAGCGGCAGAGGAACUCUGGCUGUGUUGGCUCAGCGUGAGUGUGGGCAUGUAGGUGCGAGUGACGACUAGCGAGCUGUGUUUGACGCCAGCAGAUGUCGGCUUGUAGCGGUGGCCGGGAUAGUGACUUGUGGUUCGGAUGCGCUCCGCAAAGGGCGACUCUCAUAUUGUACUACGUGCUGCGCUUCUAUAACGACACGGCGUGAAACGUUUCGCGCAUCUUGUUGCAAGAUUCCCGGAAUACGUCGAACCAUGCUCUGAUAAGAGCUUCGUCUGGGACGGUGAGUGCAGACAUGUGAAUUAGUUCAUCGCCGUUAUCAUCAAGGCACUACCGGACGUUGCAAAGCGGGAAAGUCACUCGAGUUUGCUGAAAUACUGCCGCUUGGUCUGGUGCUAAAUGCGCAGGUUGACGUACCGGACACGUGACCCCUUGAACGAAAGCAGCAAAAGCCGUCACUUGAGGAAUCAGUAGUCCAGUACGUGUACACGAGAUUCAGGCGAGUAAGCUUACUUAAAUUGUUUAUGCCGCCCAUAAAUUUUCGAUUCUGUUGGGUUCCACUUUGUUCACACUCUAUAGCCUGCCACUCUGAAAGCAAGGCAAAAAGCUGCGUAAUAAGCAACGGUGGUCCUUCCACGUACCCUUUUUAACUAUGUAUCGUCUGCCACAGAUCGGCCCGCCAGCCACCAUCUGUUCAAGAAGACUAGGAUCUCAAGAAGUUGUUUCGUGAGUCUGGUGAUUCCUACGAGAGGAUGCUUACAUAUCUCGCCAGAUCAGGGCACAGAAAAGACGUAGACGGACUACUCGCGGACGACCCGCUUAGAGACGCGUGAAACGGCCCCUGCUUACGUCCGCUCUCGAGGAGCCAAGGCUGGCGUGAUGAGCCACUUGGAUUCCCUCGUGCCGCUAUUCACCCUGGUACUCUUCGCCGCUCGGUGCUUCUCGAUCACCUACUACUACAAGGCGAACGAACCCGAAGACUUCCUCAUCGGCGCAUUGUUCCCCGUUCAUCGACCUCCCUACACGCGCCAGAACGUGACGAGGCUCUGCGGAGAAACGUGGGAGCGACCGGGCAUCCAGAGGGUAGAGGCGGCCCUCCAAGCCAUCGACGAGAUCAACAGCCGAGACGACCUGCUGCCCAACUCGACGCUUGGUAUACAGAUACGAGACUCGUGCUGGUUUUCACCCAUAGCGCUCGAGCAGGCCUCGCACUACAUCCCGCUCUCUGCCUGGACUGGGGCCGAGUACCAGGAGCAGCCGUACCCGUACCGGCGCCGGAGCUCGGAGGAGUGCGAAGAAGAGGAGUCGCCCAAGAACCUGGUGGCCGUCCUCGGCCCGCUGGCUGCGGCCGGCGCUUCCGAGGUCAACAGCCUGCUGAGCCUAUUUCGCAUUCCUGAGAUCGGCUACUCGACGACGGGACAGGAGUUGGGACUCCGAAGCAGGCUGGGCUUCUACGUCAGUCUAGUGCCAAUGGAGCAGGCCCAGGCCAGAGCGAUGGUAGACCUUGUGCGCUUCUUCAAUUGGACCUACCUCUCGGUCGUCUACACGGAAGGUGACAGCUCCAGCCAGGGCAGCCUGGAGGAGUUUGCGGAGCGUGCCGUACGCCAGAACGUGUGCGUGUCGCAGUGGCUGGGCGUUCCGGCCAGCGGGACGGCCGAGGACUACCUGACGACCGUGAAGAACUUGAACAGGACCAGCCGCGCGCGGGUAGUGGUCUGCUUCUGCACAUCGGUCACCGUGCAGGGACUUCUGGCCGGCAUUCGCGCGGCCAACGCAACGGGGGACUUUAACAUUGUGGCCAGCGACGCCUGGACGACGGACGCUCAGCUUCUGGCCGGCUUGGAAGCCGAAGCCCUGGGAACCCUGGCACUGCGAGUGCACGUUAAGCCAGACCCGGACUUCGAAGUGUACUACACGCAGCUCAACCCGGCAGAGAACACGAGGAACCCGUGGUUCGCCGAGUUUUGGGAGACCUACUUCAACUGCAGCCUCAAAGACCGACCAGGGUGCACACAAAACUGCAGACCCAGGUGCAAAGGCAACGAAUCUCUGGCAGACAGCUUCCACCAGGACGAGAUGGUGUCGGGCGUCAAGAGUGCCGUGUACAUGGUGGCGUACGCGCUGCACGACAUGCUGCAAGACUACUGCGGCCAGAGGACUCACCUGCCGGGCGACAACUGCACGAGACAGGUGCACGUGUCCGGCGACCGGUUCGUCGAGUACCUGAGGAACGUCAGCGGUGUCCACAGGGGCGACGCCGUCGAGAUGUACGCCCACGCGUGCUACGACAUCGUCAACUUCCAGGUGCUGGAAGACGGGCAGUACGAGUUCGUCGACGUGGCCAUAUGGUCGGACGAGGAACGGAUCUUCAUGCACGGAGAGCCGAAGUGGAGCGACGACGAUGAGCACGACGACGAGGUGCCGGUCUCGCAGUGCGGAAAGCCGUGUCCACGAGGGUACAUCAAGGUGCCGGAGAGCAACACCAACCUCUGCUGCUGGAAAUGCGUGCAAUGCGGCAGCAACCAAUACGUACAAGGCGAGUACCGAUGCGGGAGCUGCGAAGAAGGCACUUGGCCCAACGCUACUCUCAACGGAUGCGAUCCCAUACCGCAAAAGUACCUGCAGUGGACCGAGUCGGCCGUCAUCGUGGUCAUGGUCGUCUCGGCUCUGGCCCUGGCGACUGCGGCCUGCGUCAGUGCCGUCUACAUCCGCUACAUCAACACACCCCUCAUCAAGGCCUCGUCGUGCGAGCUCAGCUUCGUCAUCCUGGUCGGCAUCAUCGUGAGCCAGGCAAGCACGUUCGCCAUCCUUUCUAAGCCAUCGCCCACGUCGUGUCUCAUGGAGCGCCUGUUCCCCGUGCUCAGCGUCGCGGCCGUUCACGCCGCCAUCUUCACCAAGACGAACCGCAUCGCACGGAUCCUGGCCGUCAGCGAGAGGCGAAUCUUUCAGCGCAGGCUUCGAUUCAUGAGCACCACGGCCCAGCUGACCACGACCGGCGUCCUCAUCAUGGGACAGGUCGUCAUCACGGGUACCAUGCUGGUCAUCCAGAAGCCCGACACGGUCCUGUUCUACCCGGCAAGCAACAGGGCAGUCCUGCUGUGCAACACGACCGAGCUGGCCAGCUUCCUGCCGUUGGCCUACGACUUCGUCCUCAUCGCUAUGUGCACGCUGUACGCGGUCAAGACGAGGAACGUGCCCGAGAACUUCAACGAGGCCAAGAUGAUCGGGUUCGCGAUGUACUCGACGGUCGUCAUCUGGGUCGCCUACAUCGCCGUCUACAUCGGCAACGAGGACAACCGCGAGCUGGCGCUCUGCCUCGCCAUCAGCAUCUCGUCCCUCAUCGUGCUCGUGCUACUGUUCUUGCCGCGCGUCUACAUCGUGCUCUUUCGCCCGGAGAAGAACAGGCGCAGUUCGUUUCUCACUUUCAGGCAGGACACGAUGGAGGCCAAAGUGAGCACGGUCUCCGGCACCGUGGCUCACGAGAACGGUGGCGCCGACGUGCCGCGAUCGCAGGACAGCGUUAGCUAGGACGAGUGUUGCGUGACAUCGCUUUGACAGAGCGGUCAUUGCAGGCCAGGUGCCUACACGAGGGGAUCAUGAAGCAGAUAGUGGACUGAUCGCAGGUAUUGCCGUUUGUCUCGCAUCUGCUGAACUGCAUUGUGAUACCAGACACUAGAUAGAAGGUAAACUCUAGGUUUGUGCAAGCAGACGCCAAAGAAAAAGUACCCUUAGGUCAAGCUGGGAUUAUAUAAGCAGACACCAAAGAAACAAAAUCUUGAGUUAAGCUAGGAUUAUAAGACACUUUUUCGAGAACUUAUUCACUUUGAGAAUGGAUGCUUUGCAGAAAAUGAUGCAAAAGUCGAAAGCGUGGUGAAGGCCGAUUUAAAUGCAUGAAGCAGCUAUACUUCAAAGACAACAGCAACGAUUAGUCGAAGCUGUUGCCAUUGCUAAGGUACAUCCUUUGAUAACAUGAAGUUAGCAAGUGCCAAACAUGUGACGUAUCCUGCCUUGUAUCCCUCUCAGACAAAGUCGAAGUCGUAGGCCUUGUAUCCCUCUCAGUGCACUGGCUGCAUGUGCUGUGCUGUCUUGUGCACUUCAACGCGUUGUCACGCAUUAUCUCGUCAUCAUCCCAUAUGCGCUUACUACCUCGUACGACAAGCAUGUUGGACAUUACAAGCUUCCUUUCACAUGAACUGUGCUAUUGCAGCACCGUGCCUGUGCAGCUCUCAUGCAGCAAACUGUGCUUGUGCAGCAACAUGUGGACUGUGUGUAAAUAUGUACAGUGAAUGCAUUUGAAUAAGACCACCCACCUCAGCUGUGCAUUUUUUACUGGCGUCAGUGACUACACCACCAGAUUGCUAUGGUAUUGUUCACUUCUAUUGCAUGGGGAAGAUAACCUACUUUCUCUCAAUGGCGUGAUCCUGAAGACCAUGCUGCAUGAUAAUGAUACAAGUAGUGAAGGGAACGUAAUGGAUAUCGAAUAUAAAGACGCUGUAAAGAUGUGGAGAGACGCUGUUUUUCACAAGUGUUGGUGUACGAUUCAUUCAACAUAAUGCACUAUAUUUCUAUGCCGUCAUGUCCACAUGCUUUUUUUUUCCAUGUUUCUCUUCCUUGAUCUCUUUUAUCAUUGCUAGGAUAUAAGCUACCUUUACGUCCGUCCAGUAAACAGUAAAGAGCUCCAUGCCAUUACCAUCAUCAUAAUCAUCAUCAACUGUAUCAUAAUAAAUUGCAGUCCAAGUGUAUUAGUAAAUUACUGUCAUUCGAUAUGGGCAAACAUAUGAUACAUCUAUACGUUAAAAUGUAGCACAGUCUACAAGGUAAAAAGGAUAUUCUUCUGACGUCCUCUGGAAGAAUGCCUCCCCAAUGGACCCAACACUUUCCAUGUGGUGUGCAGGGACCACUGAUAGCAUGUGGUAACGUGACCAAGCGCAAAGCCUUAGCGAGCCAAGAUGAGCAUGGCAUUGUGUGCUCUGUCUUCCCGCGCACUUAGUGUGGGAGGUCACGAAGUCUCGCGUUUCGGAGACUCGUUGAAGUGAGAGGCAGAUGAAGUGUUGGUUCCCCUCUGCCUGCGGUCUUCAUACUAGCUUUGUCCCACUGUGGGCGACACUAUCAGCGAUAAUGGAGUGGAUGGGAAAGUUUUGUUUCAUACUGCUGAUUUGAAGAAUCGCUGACACAGCAUGAAACCAUAUCUUUGGCCACAGACUCUCAAACACAACAAAAUGCUUUUUACAGCGUAAGCUGUUAUGGGCUCAUUCCAAUAGCCGUUUCGGUUCGCGAUCAUGCCACCGCUGGCGUUUGGCCGUAACCGCUAUCGCCGGAAAUGCGAAAAAAAGUACCCGCUCUCCGCCGGGAUCGAACCCAGGCACGCUGCGUGGGAGUCGGAUACUUUC